GACCGGUCGCUCGUUGUGGCCUCGUCAGACGCCGCAAUUCGGCUCACAUUUCAAUUUGCCUCGACCGCAGUACAUUGACCAGCAUGACUGCGCCGUACCACGAAGCCGUCGACGUCAAGGAGAAGGACCUCGCGCUCGAUGCCCAAGUCGGCGACAACGAGAUCCCGCAGCACGUGCUUGACGAGAUCAAGCUCCACAGCUCGACGAUCUACUGGUCGCUCUUCUUCCUCGAAGGCUCGGUCAUGUGGGCGUUCUACUCGUGCUUGUCGGCGCAGGACUACUAUGCUAGCACCUUCCCCAACGUCCAGUUUGCCUUCUUGACGACCCCGAUUCUGACGUGGCCGCUCUCGCUUGGUCACAUCAUCCAGAUGUGGUUUGGCCUCGACCGCGCGCUCGGCAACUUGAACCGCGUCUACAUUGGCUACGGUCUCUUCGCUGCCUGCGGCAUCUUCAUCCUCAUCCAGGGCCAGCUCGGCCUCGAAGAGUUCACGGGCGCGACCCUCAUCUUGCUCUGCUUCGGCCUCGUCGGCGCUGCUCACUCGCUCACCGAGCCCGCUUACUACAACGUCGCGUCGCUCUUCCCGGAUGAGAAGUUUACCAACGCGAUCCAGGUCGGCAACGUCGUCGCUGGCUGCAUCAACGUCACGGCGGCGACGCUCAUCCACUUGGCGGUCUCGGGCACGGACGUCAAGCUCUCGUUCUACAUCUUCAUGUCGCUUCUGCUCGUCGUGUGCGUCGGUGCCGUCAUUGUCUACUACCGCCUCGAGAAGAUCCCGUGCGUGCGCUACCUCCUCGACCGCGCCGCCGCCGACCACAACAAGCACGGCAAGGUGUCGCUCCCCACGCUUUGGGCCAAGUUCUUCCGCGUCAGCAAGGUCAUUGUGAUGCCGAUGGUGGCGCAGUUCAUGCUCUUCUUCUGCACGCUCACGCUCUUCCCGGGCUUUGGUAUCUCGUCGGUCCUCAAGUUCAAGACGGUCAUGUCGUCGUCGGGCGGCCCGUGGGUCAUCUCGCCGGGUAUCAUUGCGCCCUUCAACUUUGGCGAUCUCAUUGGCCGUCUCCUCUCGACCAAGGCCGCGAUCAAGUUCUUCUCGCUGCGCUUCUGCUUCUACUUUUCGUUCUUCCGCUGGGUCUGGCUCCCGCUCUUGCUCCUCGGCACGGCCACCAACUCGCUCUACUCGUUCGGCGACGCCGAAUGGAGCGCGUACGCGUUCCAGGUCGUCCUCUACGUCAUCCUCGGUAUCACGGGCGGCCUCUUCUCGACCAUCACGAUGGGCAUGGGCCCGCUUCUUGUGCCGCAGGAAGACCGCGAAGCCGCUGCGGCGCUCAUGGUCAUGUUCCUCUUCCUCGGCCUCUCGUGCGGCUCGACGUUCGGCUGGGUCAUUGGCCACAACCACUGGUUUGGCUUGUAAUUCCGUCCGUCGCGUCCUAGUGUGUUUAUGACAACAAACAUUAAACCCUUGUCAUAAUUUAUGCUUUUUCAUUGGUAC